AUGGCUGACCCGAUAAUGGACCUGUUUGAUGACCCUAACCUAUUUGGGUUGGAUUCUCUAACUAGUGACUCAUUUACCAGAGAUGGACCAGAUACUAUUGAUGAAGCUCUUGGCUUAGGCAAUGUCCUAGAGCCUCUAGAACAGCUUGCAACAGAUAGAGGACCUGGGCAUGCAAUUUCAGUUGUAAAUGAGCGAAUACAGCCUCAGGUGCUGUCAGGAAAUGUUGUUCCUAUUCUCCCACCAGAACCGGUGCUUCCCUCUCAACCAAUCAUCAACCAGGAACCUCUGAACCAAGGAAACCCCUUUAUGGGCACACCAUUGACUGUAACUACAGCAGCACAACAGCCGCAUACAACAGCCGCACCUACAGCUCCAAAAAUUAUGAUUCUAAAAGCACCACCAGGAAUGACUGUUAGUGGUGUCCCUGUGACACAAAUUCAAACUCUUACUCCUGGACAGACCGCUAACGGAGGCAAAGUAACCAUUGCUAAGGUGCUUACAGGAACCCAACUGAGACCUGGAGUAUCCAUUGUAUCUGGGAAUACAGUACUGGCCAAAGUUCCAAGUCCAGCAGGACAGCCUGGUACAGUCAGACCUGUUCGACAGUUAUUGCUACAACCAGUGCGCACAUCAGCAACUUCAGUUGGUAGUGAUGGCAAUGCAAGCGUCAAACCGGCAGUCACGUUGACGUCCACUCCUCAGCAGGGGGAUUCAAAACGCAUCACGCUUGUGCUUCAACAGCCUAACCAGGCAGCCACAGGAACGCCACAAGGCCAGCGUCAUGUGGUACUGGGUGGUUUGCCAGGGAAAAUUGUUCUUCAAGGAAACCAACUGGCUGCUUUGACACAGGCCAAGACUCAACAGGGACAACCUAAGGUAGUGACUAUACAGCUUCAGGUACAACAGCAGCCAGGGGCAGCAGCACACACUCCGCAGAAGUUUCAAAUUGUACAGCAGACACCAGCUGGUCUGACUCUUGCUCCUGGCACACAGCAAACACAUGUCAUAGGUCACCAAGGAGGCCAGAGGCUUUCAGUACCUCUCAAAGUUGUCUUACAACCACAGGCGGGGGCUCCUCACAAGGCACCACACAAAGUCUGUCAGUGGUAAAAGUGUUGAACGCCAGUGAAGUCGCGGGUCUCACAGCUAACCAAACUUUGGUGAAAGUUGGAGCAGGGGAAUCUCGUAAGCUGGAUAGUCAAAAGAAACAGGAAAAGGCAAAUCGAAUUGUGGCUGAGGCCAUUGCUAGGGCCAGAGCAAGAGGGGAGCAGAAUAUUCCCCGCGUUCUAAAUGAGGAUGAGCUUCCAAGUGUCAAUGCUGAGGAUGAUGAUGCAAGUAGGAAGAAGAAAAAGAAA